UAUGAACGAGUCAAUCUCCUAGACCCGUGAGUCCCGGUGUUCCGCAGCCCACUCCCUGCAGCUCCGCCUCCUCCCCCGCAGCUGGGGAUGGACUGCACAUUCCUCACACUCCGGGUAUCGAUAGUACAGAAGCGCCGUGGCGAAGCGAAACGAUCCGAGGACACGACGGAUUUAUACGGCACAUGAAACUUUCCAAGGGCACGUAAGGAUGUUUGAAACAGGAAAACCUCAGAAGCCCCAGCAGCCUGUCUGCAGAAAAACGAUACUAGUGCUGUUUGGCCUUGAGGAGGUCAAUGUUGGGUCGAGGUGUGAAGCGGAAGUGGAGCUGCCUGGAGGAGCUGGAGGCAGAGGAGCUCCCUAAUGCUCCAGUGAUAGAGGAGAAAAAGCAGGACGGGGAGGAGGACAGAGGAGAACAGCAGUCCGAGUCCAACAUGAGCCACCUGCAGCAACGUCAGCUGGUGCUCAGCCUCUGCUUGGAGAAGCUCCAGCACUACCAGGCUGGCAUGGAGCUCAGCCUGCGUCGGUCCGUGCUGCUCAUCAACACUCUCAGGCAGAUUCAGGAAGAGAUGCGGUGUGAUGGAAGUGAUGUACGGCUCCACAGUGUAAACCCUGAUGUGUGUCUUCUCAGGGAUGAUUUCAGAGAGGAUGAGUCGGUUACAUGCCCAGGGUGUGCAGAGGGAGACAGAGAAAGUCCAUCUCUGUCUCCCCCACUGUCCCCAGAAAUGCCCUUUCAGGAGGCAAACACCUCCCUGGACCUGCAGAAGUCCCUCCCAAACACAGUCAGUAACACAUUUAGUGAUGCAGGAAAUGCCAUGGGCUACCUAAGUGACCUUGCCCUAGACGAUAUCUUUGAAGACAUUGACACAUCCAUGUAUGAAACUUCAGACCUGCCUCCUGCCUGGGGAGCUGGCUCUUUGUGGCCGGUCAGUGUGUCAUUUUGGCCUGAUGAAGAUGCGAAAUCAUGUUCCUCAGCAGGAACCCUCCAGUCGUGUCUACUGGACCUGAAUGAACUGGACCACAUCAUGGAGAUUCUAGUAAAGUCCUGAUCUCUCAGACAAAGUAGGGGCGUCAGAAGGUACCCUGACUGAAGGAGGCCUGCUGGUGAUUUAUGACGUACUUCUGGAUAUUUCACACUUCAUGUGACCAUGACUGAACAUACGCAGGCAUGAUGCUGAAUAAUACUCUAAUUCCAUUGCUCACUCCUCUUUUUGAUUCCAGCAACUGAUUGUUCUGGAAUUAUUUCCAGAUUUCCUUAGAUGCAGUAGCCUUCUUUUAGCCAACAAACUGGUAGUGUACAGAAACAAGUGGGAGAGGGGUUGGGUCUUUGUUAUGCUUUGUCCCGAACAGCUGGAGAAAACUCUGCUCAUUCCAGCACCUUCUCUGGCUUUAAAAGGGCUUUAAAUCAAAGGAACGAGAUGAUGAAAAAUUGGAACGGCUUUGAUUUGCAAAAUAUUUACAUUUCGAAUUUGUUAUCUGGCUCAUGCCUACCAGGGAGUCAAAACACAAGACUUUUUCAAAAGGUUUACGGAGAGGUUUUUGAUUUUUCACACAAGAGAUUUAUAGAUGAAACUAUCUUUAAAGUGUAACUUUAUGUAGCAAGCAGUAAAAUGUUUUUAGAAGGCCAGAAUGACCCAUUUCUACACAUAUAGAUUUUAAACUGGAUUAGGAGCUUUUACCUUUACCUUGACAACAGAUUGUUUAGCAGUGAGGUGGACAGUUGAUGCACCAAACAUCAUGCCAUGUCUGUCUUCCUUCAUUCAGUCAAACAACUACAAUUUCAAAUAUCUGGUAUUGUGCCACUUUUCUCUCCAGUCCCUGUUGUAGUGAAGCUCUAAGCUCUCUGCAUCAAACAGCAGCUAUGGAAGAGGGAACCCGAACUGCCAUGAAGGGUGCGUCACUCAAUCUGUCAGGUCAGAUCUGGGUUGAUAAUUAAUUAAAGUUCCUUCAGUUACUCAAGAGGCCAUGCUUCAGCCAGCCAGGAGGGCAAAUGCCUGACUUUCCUCUCAGAAAUGGGACUGAAAGCCUUCUUUUUAUGGAAUGCCAAAAGUGCCACAAUAUAUUCAAAAAAUAGAUACUUCACAAUUGUUUAUAUAAAUGUCAUGUUUAAGACCAAAUUGGAAAUACAAAUCUUUCAGAAAUAAAUCUAUUUAUAUAUAAUCAUCUAAAAUAUUUUGAAAAUAUUGUAAAUAUAUAACUAAAUAACUUAAAAUCCAUUAAUUAAAAUGUGUUAACAUCCUUAAACCGUGUUGCUUUAAGUAGGAUUUAAUUAGAGCAAACUUAAUCCUGCCCACUACCUAUGAAGGUUAAUGUGGACAAAUUCAUAAAAUGCUGCUGCGUUAAAUAACUACAAAAACUAAGAAGUGAUUUUAUGUCAUUUUUGUAUUUUUUAAAUAAUAUUUAACUAAUUAUGUAUUCAAUGAACUGUGUAUUGUUUCUGAUUUGAAUUAAUUAGUGACAUUUAGUGAUUUAUUUAUUUCAUUAAUGUAAUUCAAACGUGGCACUUUUGGACUUCCACAUUCAGCACCAGCCAGGUGCUUUUUAAAACAACUACCCAAAGCUGCAGCUGUGUUGUUGGGUGUUUUAUUAUUGUCAUGUAGUUGAAAGAUCUCAGAUCUAGAGGUAUUUCCUUUUGCAGCAAAAUAAUUAGAACUUUUCUUCUAUUGUAUUUAAAGGGUAAAAUGUUGGGUUUGAUGGAAUGUUUUAAUCUAAUGUUUUAUUUAUGGUUGAUAAACCGGUCUCCCCUGCAGUAGAUGUGAGGGUUUAUUGUGUGAGUCUGAGUUGAAUUUGAUUCUUUUUUUUGUUUCUUUGUUUGGGUCUCUUGAUAGAACGGCUGCUCUUGAAGCCACUGAAGAAUCAGCAGCUUACUGUUAUGGCAGCUCGUGUUUUGGGUAAAUCCAGCAUUACAUGAAAGCAGCAAAAAACAUGUAUUUUUUUUUUUAAGAAAUAAAUGUAAUCCCAGCUGUCACAGACAAUAGGAAACUUUGCCAUGUCCUAAAAUUGUAAAUGACAACAUAAGCCUAUGUCCUCUUAAGGCCUUGCUGGUGUGCAUUUUUUUAUUCCAGUGGUGGAAGUUUUUUUUUUUUUUUUUUUUUUUUUUUUUUACAGUUUUCUACCUGAAAGUGCAAUCUUGUGUCCAGCGGAUGCAGGGAGCGAAUCUCGAUCUUAACCGUCACUGUUUGCGGUUUACUCCUUUUCUACCUCGUGUUUGUUGCUAGUUUACCUGGGCACUCCUGCUUUACUUGUGCUUUACUGCCAGAGCCAUACGCCGUCUGGCACAGACACUUUUGGACUCCGCUCUUUGCUCUCGGACCAAAGUUAUCCACCCCCAUCUCGUGUGGAAAACGUGCCUUACUACUGUACUGAACAUGCUGUUUGUGCAAAGCUUUUUUUUGCUGUUUGAGCUUCUGCUUUGCUGUAGAGAAACCUGAGACGUGCAGUGAGUUGUUAUGUAAAGCACUCAACAGCAAGGACAGUUUUUUUUUCUCACUCUCCUUGGCCAUUUUCUGCGCUCGCUGAAUACUACAGGCAUAUGAGCCUAAUGUAUCCUGACGGGCUGAGAGAGGAGGUGGUACUGAGGGCUGGGAGAGAAAAACAAGAGUUGGAGGAGGGAGGGAGGGAGGGAGGAAGCGGUUUAUGUCACUGUCUCAUAAGGAGGGGUUUGGGAGCUUGUUUUGCCCAGACUCAGACCAACAACCAAUCACAUGAGAUGUGUGAGGAGGUCCAACAACUUGUUUUUGACCCGAUGGCUCUGGACAGACAUACGUUUUGAAUCAGCUCGAUUGUAGCCUUUGGAAAAAUAAAACUAUUUUCUGCUUUCCUUUUACCUAAUCUGAAGGAAUGCAAAAAUUCAACCUGUUCCAUUGUUAUUUAUAAUAGCAUCUGAGUACAUGAUGUCACAAUAAUCUGUAAAGAACAAGCUGUAUUUGAUGCUGAUCAUGGUGUAAAUGUAACUGAAGGAAGUGUUUUGCUCGAUAAUGUUAUAAUUCUUUAUGUAUUUUUGUGGAAUGUUUUAUAGAUUUUCUCCAAUAAUACAAUACAAAUCCCCAAACUGU